AUGAACCGCCUCACACUGGUAGGCCUCCUGGGCUCGACUGCGCUAGCCCAACAAGUCUUCCUUCCCGCGCAAGGUCCCACGGAUCGUCCCCAAUGUGAAGCCUCUCAGACUCCAGAGCCCACGUACUCGUUCACGCCCUUCAGCUACACCCUCACAACGACCCAGCGCACGGCCACGUCCGUCACACCCAGUGCAGCAACAACCUACGCCUGCCCGCCCUCGGCUUUGGCCACUCUGAUUCCGUCCCAGUCGUAUACAACAUGGGGAAAAUGGGACCCAAAUGCUACCGAGACAGCCUCAGACACAGACAACCUCUACGGUGAUGCUGCCUGGACAGCUUUGUGGGAGCAUGCGAAUCCUCCCAACUUCACGGAAACAGGCGUGUACAGCACCACCGUCGAACCCACGCCAAUCCCGAGCGAGGAGCUCGUGCUCCCUCCACGUGACUAUUUUGGUCCGAAUGAUUGCUAUAACUUCCCCGAGGGUUUCGAGUUCGGUGUCUCCAGCUCGGCUUCCCAGGUGGAGGGCGCCACCGCUGAGGCCGGCAAGGCACCGUCACUCAUGGAUAUUCUCGUGCAGGAUGACAGAGCCAAGUCGUACGUAACCAACGAGAACUACUACCUGUACAAACAGGACAUUGAGAGGGUGGCGGCCAUGGGCGUCAAGUACUUCUCCUUCAGCAUUGCCUGGACCCGCAUCCUCCCCUUUGCACUGCCCGGGACGCCCGUGAACCAGGAGGGCAUCGACCACUACAACGAUCUCAUCGAUUUCAUCGUCUCCAAGGGCAUGAUCCCCGAAGUCACACUGCUUCACUUUGACACUCCGCUGCAGUUCUACGGCGCCAACCUGACCGAGGCCCAGCGCACUCCGGAGAUUGGAUACAACAACGGAGCCUACCAGAACGAGACGUUUCCCGACGCCUUUGUGAACUAUGCCAAGAUCGUCAUGACCCAUUACGCCGACCGCGUGGCCACCUGGUUCACUUUCAACGAGCCCCUCCUCUACUCCGACAAUGGGCGGUCGAUAUAUAACGUGAUCAAGGCCCACUCGCAGGUGUAUCACUUCUACAAGGACGAGCUACACGGCCAGGGCAAGAUCUCCAUGAAGUUCAACAACAAUCUUGGAGUCCCCCGGGACCCCAACAGCCAAGCUGAUGUAACGGCUGCAGACCACUUCAACAGUUUCCAACUAGGACCUUUUUGCAACCCGAUCUACUUGGGCAUUGACUAUCCCGAAUCCUACAAGUCGACAAUCCAGGACUAUGUGCCCCUGACAGCGGAAGACCUUGAGUACAUGAACGGGACGGCGGACUUUUUGGGCAUUGAUCCAUACACGGCAACUGUCAUUGCGCCGCCCGAGGCAGGCAAUGCGCAGAGCAUCAUGGACUGUGCCGCCAACGCCAGCUCCAUCUACAGGCCCUACUGCGUCAACCAGACCACCAUAGAGGUCAAUGGUUGGAACAUUGGGUAUCGCUCACAGACCUACGUCUACAUCACACCAACCUAUCUACGUAGCUACCUCAACUACCUCUGGAACACGUGGCGGCACCCCGUCGUCCUGACAGAGUUUGGCUUCCCCGUCUUCGGGGAGGACGACAAGGACUUGACCGAUCAACUGUUCGACACGCCCCGCAGUCUGUACUACCUUAGCUUCAUGUCCGAGGUGCUCAAGGCCAUCUGGGAGGACGGCGUCCACGUCUCAGGCGCUUUUGCGUGGAGCUACAUGGACAAUUGGGAAUUUGGAGAUUACACGGCGCAUUUCGGCAUCCAAACGGUAAAUAGGACAUCGCAAGAGCGGCGGUACAAGAAGAGCUUCUUUGAUCUUGUGGAUUUCAUGAAGGCUCGUGGGGUGGAAUGA